UAUAUAUUUCCCCUCAAAGCUAAAGUAUAAUUAUUAGGUACCUAUCUAAGUAUAUAUUAUACAUCCUCACAAUGACACGAAAACUACCACCACUUCAACUUGUGAGAUCAGUUAUGAAGUCUUUCAUAAAAGAAUCAGGCCUAGAGCCAAGACUCCUAGGCCCCCAUUUCAGAGUUACAGAUGCUGUCGCUGGCAAAGUUGACUUCGAGCUGGAUAUCGCCAAGGACCAUACGAACCGGCUCAAAAUACUACACGGAGGCACGAUUGCUAGCAUGGUAGACCUGGGAGGUUCUCUGGCUGUUGCAUCUAUGGGGCUCUACGCUACUGGAGUAUCGACAGACCUAAACGUCACAUACCUGAGCAGCGGUGGAAAAGUUGGCGAUAAGAUCAGUGGUACCGCGAUAUGUGAUAUGAUGGGUAGGAGACUAGCCUACACCUCCGUCACAUUUAGGAAUGCCGCAGGAGAGCUUGCGGCAAGGGGAAGUCAUACGAAAUACGUGGCAAAUGCCUGGAAAGAACAGGAAUCACUCUUCGUCCCUCCGGACGGGGCAGAAAUUGACGAAGACGACUGAUCUACGCUUGCCAAGCUACCUACAUGUACCUAUCUGGCUAUAUAUGUAUCUAGAUCUAACCAACUCUUAUGAUCUGUUAUAUGCGACCAUGGCGAAUAUUGAAUAUUGAAUAUCGAAUAUCGACGUUUGUGUAAAUAAUUAAUAGGAAUAGAACGAAUGACUACUGCCGACCAAGAAACCCGGAGAUUGCGGGGCGUAUUUCCAACGGCUAAUAAAUACAUGAAAUACAUGAAACACAUGAUAAAAUAUACACAAGAAUAUUGAUUUCCAAGGUUAUGAAAGACUGCUUUGUGCAAUAAACCUUGCCCCCACAAACUGCCGUCCUGACUCUUGCUAGACCCCAGUCGACUAGACGAAUAUAGUUAAGAUCCCGAGGUCACCCUUCGGCUGUAUUGUAUGCGCGUCUUAUCCCCCCCCCCCC